GUCAGAUUGUGUUUAACAGUAGAGAAUUUUAUUGUAAUUUGCGAAUUACUUUUCGUAAUUAAUGAAAUUCUCUCAAAGGAAAUGUAAAAAAUUAAGAGCUUGAAAUAAUGGAGGAAAAUAAAGUUGAAACGAACGCCGAAAGCGAACGGAAAAUUUCAAGACGAAAAGUGUUUAAGUUUUGUGCGAUCACAAUAAUAGCUUCAACUCUAGGCUUCGUCCACUACCGGUACGUAUCGAGCCUCUUUGAGAAUGACAGGAAUUUCUCUUACCUAUCGGAGAUGGAGAGGGAGAUGUCUUUGAGGACGGAGAUGGGCUUCUACUAUUCGUAUUACAAGACUAUUGUUGAGGAGAAGCCAUUCAUAGCUGGUAUUUCGAAGCUCAUGCAUGAUCGGCUGGUGGAAUAUCCAAAAGACGUGAAUGCUUUUAACCGUUUUAAUAUUUAUCCGGAGGUAUUAAUAGGCGCUCUUUACCGUUACUUCGAGCCCUAUCUGAACACUUCAUUCCACCGUCGAUGUCACAUGGUGGAUAGGGGCGAAGCCCUACCCCCAGUGGAGAGUUGCGAAGGCCUAGGCCAGCCAAUAUUCUUUUACUUGGAAGCAGUAUGGUUUCUUGCUGGAUUGACAGUCGCUGCCUUGUUUUUACAUGCUGCGUCCUUGAGUGAAAGUAUACUAGGAGGUUUAUUAGCCGUCGCGCAGUACUUCGCGAAUCACUCAGAGUGCACCAGAGUUCAAUGGGCACCGAAUGAGAGGGAAAACUUUGCUGCCCCUUUCCUGCUCUUGCAGACCUGGCUGGUCUCCAUGCAGCUACGAGAUAAGCAGAGGAGGGCUACUUUUCAGCUACAGGUUUCGAUCUUCGUCCUAAACUGUCUUUGUUUAUUAUUCUGGCAAUUCUCUCAGUUCAUAUUUUUAACUCAAACGGCAAUAUUUUUCGUUAUGGAGCAAUUCCGUAUAAUAGAUAUAAAAGCUCUUUGCAUAUUUUUGCAUUCCCAUUUCUGUGGCCUUCAUAUGGCCGUAUUUUUCUUACAAGGCAAUGAUAUGCUAAAAUCGUCCUUGUACGCUUCAUACUUCUUCAUUGUGUCUCUUUAUUGUUUGUGCUUUAGCUCGCUAAAGCUUAAGGUUCAAAAUCGCGUGGAUUUGUUCGUGGAGUUAUGGUUGAUUUUGUUGAAAAUAGCUAUUGUUACCGUAGCCGCGUUUUAUUUGAAGAAAGUUUUUAGUAAUUAUCUCGAAGUUGAAGAAGAUUCUCACGUAUGGGAUAUUUUGUAUUCGAAAUUUACUAAUUAUAAAAGUUUCCAUACAUUAAUAUAUACUUGUACAGCCGUCUUCGAUUUUCUACCUUUGAGUACAAUAAAAAAAUUAUUCAAAUCAUUUUUAAUCCCAUUCGCGGUAUUAAGUAUAGCAAACUUACUAAACUAUUGGCUGUCGACCGCUUCGGCCUCGUGCAGGAAAGAGAUGGAAGAUCGAAACAAAAGAACGGACAAGGACGGAGAUAUUUCAGACGAAUCCGAUUCCGGUAUCGAAAAUUCGGAUUCGAAACGUCUUGAGAAAAAUAUAACGGAUUUGGACGUUUUAGAUAAAGAAAUAAAGUCUAAAGUUGAGGAAGAAGAGACUAGUGAUGUGCUUUUAUUGUUAUUAAGGCAUAUUAAGGCCGAGCCAGCGAUAUUUUACAAUAUAUCACAGAUGGUUGUCUAUGGUGUCAUGGCGGCGCUAGUGAUGCGACUCAAAUUGUUAUUUACAACGCAUCUGUGUAUUGUCGCUGCUAUUAUGAUGAAUUCUAAAUAUUAUCCCAUCCCGAAAUCGUACAAGAAGUAUCUCCCUUUCUUCUGGGCUGUUUGCAUGUCACCGCUGGUCCAGGACUUGAUGCAGAGCAUACCGCAAGAGAUGUCGCAUAUAGGUGAAUUCAGCGAUAUAAAUCAAGAACAAUUGCUUGAGUGGAUCCGUUCUGACACACCAAUGACUGCAGCGUUUGCGGGUUCGAUGCCCAUCUUAGCCACAAUAAUGUUGGUCACCCGACGGCCUAUAGUCGCCCAUCCACAUUAUGAGCACUCAGAAGCGAGGGAACGUGCGUAUACUGUGCACAAAAUGUAUGGUAAGUUCACACCGCUCGAGUAUUAUCAAGAUCUCACCAAGUUAAAAGUCAGCUACCUUGUCGUGGAGACCAAAUACUGCUAUGGAAAAAGCAGUAAAGGAUGUUCAUUCGAGAACAUAUGGGACAUCGAGGCCCCCUGGUUGAGUAACCGUCCCACCAUCUGCUCAACCCUCCUCAGUCAACCAGUCGACCAUUUUUAUCCCGUCUUCAGAAAUGAGCAUUACGCCGUUUUCAACGUCCAUGAUUAUAGUGUUCGGUAUAUGCCCCGUAGUUUCGAAUCUUGACAUCCGGCCUCUCACUCGCACACAAACAAGACUGACACACUUAGUUUAUUAGCUGUAAGGUGAAGUAUUUUUUGUGGGUAGAUGGCGCUAGUGUCGUUUUAGGUCGCCUCAGAUUAAAGUGCCAGAAGUUUCCUGUAUUCUUAA